CAAUACCCUGCCACCAGAUCCUAUACAGGACCUCAGCAUUAACUCUCUCAAUAUGUCCGAUUCGAACCCUCCUCCACAGGAGUCUACUCCAGCAGCAGCUCAAGUUCCUACGCACACAUAUGUCCCGAACCACGGCUAUGCAACAUCUACAACUUCUCAGGAUGCCCCACCACAAACGCCAACUGGUGGUUACGCAGCAGACAACGAGGAUGAGGUUUAUGAUGACCUAUUCGAGGAGGAAGACGAGGAGUUCUUCGAUGAUAUAGAAUACGACCCUACCUCAGGCGAUUUGACGAAGUCCUACAACCGUCAACGAAAACUCAACGACCCUAACGCCACUGCCCCGCGAACAAAUUCACAGAAGCCAAUAGCAAACACUCAGGCAAGCGUGGACGAUCAAAUUACCAGUCUUUCCAAACAUGCGGGAAAGAUAAGAUUAGAAGGCGGAGGAGGAGGGGAAAGAGCCAAGACCCACGGAAAGGACAAGUCGGAUCGCGCGACAAACGAGCAAGUCUUGGAUCCGCGGACCCGAAUGAUCCUCUUACAGAUGAUCAAUCGAGGUAUUGUAUCAGAAGUUAACGGAUGUUUGAGUACUGGAAAGGAGGCAAAUGUCUAUGGAGCAGUGUCAAUACCCACGACUGAGGGAGGCGAAGAGGCUCCAAGCAUCCACCGAGCCAUUAAGGUCUACAAGACUAGUAUUCUCGUUUUCAAGGAUCGAGACCGUUACGUUACCGGAGAACAUCGUUUCAGAUCGGGCUACAAUAAGGGCAACAACAGAGCUAUGGUCAAGGUCUGGGCAGAGAAGGAGUUCCGAAAUCUGAAGCGACUCUACUUGGCCGGCAUUCCAUGUCCUGAGCCUGUCUACCUCCGACUACAUGUCCUCGUUAUGGGCUUCCUUGGUGACAAGAAGGGAUGGGCAGCACCAAGACUGAGAGAUGCCGAGCUACAAGGGGAUGAUGUUGACCAACAAUGGAGAUUGUUGUACCUUCAAAUGAUCGGCCUCAUGCGACGAAUGUAUCAAACAUGCAAACUGGUACAUGCAGAUCUGAGCGAGUACAACGUCUUGUACCACCAGCAGAAGCUUUUCAUCAUCGAUGUCUCGCAAAGUGUUGAGCAUGACCAUCCAAGAUCUUUGGAAUUCUUGAGAAUGGAUAUUAAGAACGUCUCGGAUUUUUUCAGGAGGAAAAAUGUCGAAGUACUCUCCGAGCAAACAGUAUUUGGUUUCAUAACCACUCAUGAAGGCCCCGCACAAGAACCUGGCCUAUCUGAAGCACUGGAGAAAUUACUGGCUAACAGACCUGCUACAGAGGAAGGAGAACAGGCCGCUGCUGAGAAAGAGAUUGAUGCUGAGGUUUUCCGACAACAGUACAUUCCUCAGACUUUAGAGCAAGUCUAUGACAUUGAGCGUGAUGCAGAGAAGAUCGGAAAGGGGCAAAAAGAUGACCUCGUAUACCGGAACCUUCUGGCCGACAAAGUCCCAAUGUCAUCAGGGAAUGAGGCUGAUGGGGAGGACACCAUGGAUAACAGCUCGCCGCCAAGUAAAGGCGGAAGUGGAAGUGAGGAUAGUGAUGAUGAGAGCAGAUUCGAAAAAGGAACUCCAAGAGGCAAACGUUUCGAAGACAAGGAGUCGAAGAAGGAGCACAAGAAAGCUGUGAAGGAGGAGAAGCGCGAGAAGAGAAAAGACAAGAUCCCGAAGCAUCUGAAGAAGAAGCUCGUGAGCAGUGCAGCAAAGCACAAGCACUGA